CUCGCACUAACCGGGUACGAGAUUAACGAAUCACGACACCCGGUCGCGUUAAAAAACCAUCUUAUACUAGUGGCAAAUACGAGCAUGUGAUAAGACUAAAAGCGAUAAAAUAUUUAACGUAGUGUUUCUUUUCUGUGCGACGUAAUCCAGUAUCAUGUACAAGACCGUAAGACACGGCGAAAACAGUCUUCAGUACACCAUACUUCCGCAAACUGAGGAAGUGCUGAGCAAUAGUGGAUUAAAGGGCAAAGGCCGAGAUUACAGCCCCUCCAUCCAUAUGAGACGUGCUAAUAGAAAGUUCGCGUUAAAGUUCGUCUUAUUUAUAGUAGUAGGGCUUUUAGUUUCGAUAGGAUUUGCAUCAAUUCCAGUUUACAGUGUUCUGUAUGCACGAAGGAUUCAACAAAAUCAACAUGAAGCUAUGACUUUACUGGCAUCCCGGCAGGAUGUUUUGAUAUCACGGAAAAACGAAUUGAACAAUUUCCCCGAAGAAUCAUCGACAGAAAAAAAAAGCCUCGAAUCCAGUGUUGCAUCUUUAACGUCAACUACAACUACCUUUAAGUCUAACCCAACGACAGGGAAUAGUGAAAAAGGAACUACGCCACCAUGGAAUAUGCCCGCUCUCAGAUCAUGGAAGUUCUCGUCAUCUUCUACGACUGUCCAGCCAAUCCCAACUGAAGAUACUGCAGAAAUUCCUCUCGCCAGAAAACCCUCUGAAAGUGUCCGUUUACUAGAUCAUUACAUGUCCAUGUCAGUGAAGCCAUGGGAGAAAGAUACCAUUAUUAGAGCGACAGUAACCCCACAGCCAGUCACAGUCCGAAAUGUUUUUAGACACUACUCCCGAGCCUUUAACCCUUCAGAAAAACCAGUUACCUCAAUUCCCAAACUAUUUGAGGACGUCCUGAUAACUACAAAAUCAACUACUACGCAAACUCCGAUGACUACGGAAAUAGCACAAACAAGUGAAAAUUCCAAGUUACAGGAUUUGAAGGAUACAAUUUUAUCCGUAGACGACGAUGAUGAGUUCAAGGAAUCUUUAGAGGUUGACGAAGUGUUUUCUCUGCCUCCAUUGAAGCCUGACACUGCUGCGCCGGCUACCGAUGCAGAUGAAGUAACAGUUUCGAAAGCAACUGAAGGUAGCUGGUACGGCGGUCGGUUGCCAUUCCUCAAUACCUCGCAAUAUUUCCAAUGGACGGGUUACACUACCGAAGACAACUUUCUGCCGUUGCUAGCGGCAGCAAUGGUAUGCACGGUGGUGGGAUUUUUACUAUAUUUAGUAUUGAAGACCUUCGCGCGUCGCUGCAGAAGCACUAGUGCCUCCGCACAAAUUGGGUUAACCUCCGAUCUACAAGCGGAUGACAAAACUAAUCUGCUGACAGCGGAAAAUCCAGAAGAGACGGAGGAGUGAACCCUCGAAUCGCUUAUAAGCUUGCUCCCAAAAGAAUGUAAUGCAGCGGGUAGGCAACACUGCUGGUUCCUUUAAUAGUAAUGGCUUCGUAUUUUUACGCACACAACCUAAAACUCCACAUAAUCAAGACAGUUGCCUACUAAGGUACUUACUACAGCGUUUAAAAUGUUAUGGAAUUGAAGGAAAUGAUAUAAUAUAGGAAAUACUAAAGCCCGAAGUUGCGUUAAUGUUUUUAUGUGUAUUAAUAUUCAAGGAAAGUGGAUAUUAAUGAAUUGCAAUUGUUCAAUUUUAAUAUUAUUAUCAGUCAUAUGACGGAACUGAAAGCAAAAAUAUUCCAAUCGCUCACACAAACAAAGGGCUGGCCUUCUACCAUCUCAAAAAGCAGUUUUUUUGUAAAGUGAUCUAAUUAAAAGAGAAAGACUGAUUGUGACACGACAGCAAUAUGGCAUAAUACUGCUCUUAGCGAUGAUAGUAGGACCCUGGACUCUUUUUUGCUUUGCAAUGACAUUCAAAUCUUAAAAACUACAGUAAUAAACUAACAAGUUAACAUAGUUAAUAGUUAUUGGGAAAGUGUAAUUGACGUCACAAAAUAGGUUUUACUAUUUAUCUAAAUGUCAUAGUUAAUAAGCUUGGACGAUGAUUAGCCCUGAUUAUCUUGAAACUCGUUUUACGAUUACCUAUUUAUUCGCCAUACUGCAAUUUGAAGUUUUACAGCAUCUUUAGCGCCCUUAGACUUACUGGAUUUCUCAAAUCCAAUAAGUCAACGUCAUUAUUUAAUAUAAUGACUUAAUAAACCCAUGCAGAUGUGAAGUUUACUGAAACUACGCAAUCGAUGUGUGACGUUUGAUCAUCCAUAAGUUUUAUGGAAGACCGACUGACGACUUUACACAUCUAGCAGAUUGACUCGAUGCUGGAAGUUUCGCGUGAUUAUUAUAUUUAUUUCAACAGUUGUUGCUAUUGACUGACCUACUCCAGCUCAAUUUGUGUAUGCCAAUAGUGAAAUAGUGCCUGCCAAUCAAAUAACAAAGGUUGUCAAAUGACAACGUCUAUGAACUCGUACAAAUCUAAUAGAAAUAGGACAAGAAAAUGGCAGACAAAUUAUCUCGUGUCGCGCAUGUUAGCCGUACUGAAACGGACUUUUGUCGAUGUCCGCACUUUGGCUUCACUGGCAGGAGCUGCUAUACCAACAAUAAACUUAUCUGGCCCGAUAGCCAAAAUGUGACAAGUGACAGCAUAGGUACCAGUUGAAACAUCAAUUGGCUCGGUGGUCGCUGGCAUUUCGCAUAGGAUAAUAGUGCUGCUGCCAGAUAAGUUUGUGGGACUAUACUUAGGUUCGCAUCGAUUACCUUCUGAAGACACCGGAAACUUCAUUUUAGGUCGACCAUCUCGUUGCUACAGAUUUAUCAGAGACACCGGAGUGCCUAGUGUGAAAUUACCUACGUUUACUUAGUUAUCCGAUCGCGGGAAAGUUAACUACGAUUUGUAUGAAAUCGAAGGAGCACCAUCUAGUUACUAUACUCGGAAACAGUAUCUAUUGUCUUUUGAAAAUCCCACACUAGGCAUUCAGGCGUUUACACGAAGCAGAAUAAGUAUUCUGUAACUUUACAGACAGUUGCUAACUAAUGGCUUUUUUUUUGUACUCGUAAAAAAAUUGCGAUAAGACCACAGGCGCGGCGCUGUUAUAAUAUGCGUUUUGUAGGAACACGAGCGCUUGGCAACGUAUUGGAAAAGUUACCGAAUACAGGGGCUAGUUUACAAAGUGGUUUGUGAAAAGAAACUUAGUAAUAAUUUCGUUUGAACAAUGUUCAAAAUUCGCUCUUCGUGGCUCGUUUUUGUUUUAAACCUUUUGACGAACUCAAAAUAUCUUAGAUAGUUGAAGAUAGUUGCUUAUCCAUUGCUACUUAAAAUUAAUCAGGCACUGUAGUGUUUGACAUGAAAGUAUGGGCAAGGUCACUGUCUAAGGGGACUGCAAACCAAUACUGCCGACUUAACAUACGGCUUUAAGUAUGUAACUCUGCGCAAAUAUAAGCUAAGUCUAAGAACGCCGCGCAGGUUUACAGGCCAGCCAUCAUUUUUGGCGAGUAGUCUCCUGUAAAUCCGUUAAAAUAUUUUUACUCUCAGUGCCUAUUUGUACAUAACGAAAUUUUAGCUAGGGCUUUUCACCGAAAGCCUUUGAAGAUUGCUUAUUCAGAGAUACGAUAUAAUAUUCUGUAAUUAAGUAUAUUUUGUAAUCACCUAGAUUUUGACUGUAAAUUAGGUAAAGUCCAAUGCCAAAGCUACCAAAAUUAUUUUUGUUACGAGUGUAAUUCUACAACGUAUUUUAUUGGAAGUCAUUUUACCAUAAAGGCUGAAGACUGUAGAUGCCAUCUAGAAUCAACCAAACAUUUUUAGAGUUCAUUCGACAUUAGAAGAUAUCAGGCUACUUUUUGAUUUUAUGUUUAUAAGCUUAGA